AUGAAUCCAGACCCGAAUAAUGGAAAGCAAGUGAUUGUUCGUGAAGUUUGGGCUUCAAAUUUACAUACUGAAUUGUCUUUGAUUCAAUCUGCUAUGCCAAGCUUCAAGUUUCCUGGUACAAUUUUCACUCCAAAAGUUGAUGAUAAGCGCUCUUACUCAGAGCUAUCUCCUUCAACUAAUUACAGCUUCAUGAAAGCCAACGUCGAUGCAUUAAACAUCAUCCAACUAGGUCUUGCACUAUCUGAUUCUAAUGGGAAUUUACCCAAAUUUGGAACUCAAAACGGACACAUUUGGCAAUUCAAUUUCUCUGACUUUGAUGUUGACCGAGAUCGUCACAAUGUUGAGUUCAUUCAAUUAUUGAAGAAGCAAGGGAUGGAUUUCUUGAGGAACAAGAAAGAGGGUGUUCGGUCUGGGAUUUUCAGGGAUUGCGUCCUAAAAUCUGGACUGUUUUUCAAUUCUGGACUCACUUGGAUCACAUUCCAUGGAACUUAUGAUUUUGGGUAUCUGAUCAAACUUUUAAUUGGAAGUGAAUUGCCACCUAACGUUCACAUGUUUAGUCACUUGGUGGCUCAGAUCUUUGAACCCAAAAUUUAUGACAUGAAGCACGUAAUGAAGUUCUGCAAUGGCUUAUAUGGUGGAUUAGAGAAAGUGGCUAAGACUUUGAAUGUGGAUCGUGUUACUGGGAAGAGUCAUCAAGCUGGGUCUGAUAGUUUGUUAACUCUGCAAGCGUUUAUGAAAUUGAAGGAUGUUUAUUUCGAUGGAAAUUACUAUUCUGGACUUGAAAGAUUUCAAGGGAUCAUCUAUGGUUUUGAAGAAGUCAAUACAAUGAUGAUGAUGAUACCAAUAAUUCCAAAGCGGCCUCCAAGUUCAUUAUUGGUUAUUCCAACGCCAACGUAUUCUCCUGGUCUACUUCAUCCAGUAGUGUUUAUGUCUCGUUAUUAA